AUGUGUCGCGCGUUCUUCUCUAUGCUGUCAGGGGGAGCGCAGCGAUGGUUCACGAACCUGAAAGGCGGUUCGCUAGGCUCGUUCCAAGACCUGGCCACCAAGUUCAUUACCCAUUUCCUGAGGGGGAGGAGGCGCAAGAAGCACUUCACGCAUCUCGCUAGCAUUAAGCAAGGGGAGGAUGAAACCCUCACCCAGUUCCUCACGCGGUGGAGGAAGGAGGAAGCCGAAGUGGAGGACAUGGACGACCGGUCUGCAAUGGUCAUGUUCAUUGCAGCUCUCCGUGCUGGGGAACUGUACAAGAGCCUCCGCCGAAAGGCCCCCGGCUCGUACGCAGCCUUGAUGAUGAAGGCAGACCGGUAUGCCGAAGCUGAAGAAGCCAAUCGCAUGAAGCGUAUAGAAGAGCACAGCAGCAGCAAGAAGCUACGGCUCGAGGAACCGCCACGUCUUAAGAAGGGAGCUAAUUACUCGCGGGAGAGUCUGGAGGAUAGGAAGGUUAGUCCCGGGGGGAGGGGAAGGCCCGCGGCGGGUUCACGAGCCCCCCCGCCGUGGGCGCCGCCAGCGCCUGCCCCGGCGCGGGCAACCACGUCAGCACCCCCGGCAGCACGACCGGCCCCGCGGAUCGCACCUUUCACCCCACUUAUCGCCCCACCUAGCGAUAUCUUAGCCUAUGCAGAGGAGUGUCAAUUGGUGAAAACAUUUGGUCCCAACCCGAUCCCGCUGGGUGCAGACACCACGAGAUAUUGCAAAUUUCACCGCCGCUACGGCCACGCCACCAACGAUUGUCAGGCAUGGAGAAAAGAGAUAGAGUUCCUCAUACAAGCAGGGAAGUUAACAAAUUUCAUAGACUGGGAGCGGCUGGCUGCGAGGAACACUAAACGCCCGACGGUUGGGCCUGCAGGGGAGGCUAAGGAAAAAUCGACUGACUCCGGGGAAGGCCCGGGGAGGCGCCCAGUGAUCAAUGUCAUCUUUGGAGGAGGGGCCUCGAAGGUAGAUGGUGGCUGUUAUGUAGGUGCGGUGGAUGAACACCCCCAGUUGAAAAGGCCCCGCCGGGAACCGAUUUGGUUUUCAGACAAUGACCUGCAAGCACGGGAGACUACCCCGAAGGAUGCACUCGUGGUAGCCAUGGUGGUCAACGGGUUCUGCGUCAAGUGCGUGCUCGCGGAUACAGGCAGCAGUGUCAACGUGAUGUAUCACGACGUGUUCAUGAAGCUAGGACUGAGCGAGGACCAGCUCCGACCGGUGAGGACGCCAAUGGCUGGUUUCACUGGGGACACCAUAGAGACGGAAGGGUCGAUAGUGCUCCCCGUGGAAGUUGGCAAUCCCCCGCAUGUGAAAAAAGUGGACAUGGAGUUCCUCGUAGUGAGGAUAGUAUGCGCCCAUAACCUCAUCUUAGGGAGGCCUGGGCUGGCAGCGUUGGGCGGACUUAUUUCGAUGGAGCAUUUAGGUUUGAAAUUUCAUACCCCCCAAGGGUAG